AUGACGACACAAAACUUUAAGAACGAGAAGGACAUUCCUGUCACUCACCAGGAUUUCCCUGGUACCGAGAGGGAUAUGCCUAACCCCCAAGCCACCCGAGACGAGCUCCCUGAGGCCGGCGGCAACUCAAGAACAUACCAAGGCUCUGGAAAGCUCAAGGGCAAGAGGGCCCUGAUCACCGGAGGUGACAGUGGUAUUGGUGCUGCUUCUGCUCUGCUCUUUGGCCGAGAGGGUGUUUCAGAUAUUGUCAUCGCCUAUCUACCAGAGGAGGAGGAGGAUGCUCAGGACACCAAGAAGCAGGUCGAGAAUGAGGGUGCCAAGGUUCACCUCAUCUCUCUUGACCUUUCCAAGCAGGAGAACUGCAGAAAGCUGGUCGACUUUGCUGUUGAGAAGAUGAAGGGAAUUGACAUUCUGUUCAACAACGCAGCUUAUCAGAUGAUGGUCAAGGACAUCAAGGAUCUCCCUGAGGAGCAAUGGAUACACACCUUCAAUAUCAACAUCCACUCUUUCUUCUACAUCUCCAAGUACGCUCUCCCUCACAUGAAGGCCGGCGCCACCAUCAUCAACAACGCUUCCAUCAACGCCUAUAUCGGCCGACCUGAUCUCCUCGACUACACUUCAACAAAGGGCGCCAUUGUGUCCUUCACCCGAGGUCUCAGCAACCAGUACGUCAGCAAGGGCAUUCGUGUUAACGCUGUUGCUCCUGGACCUGUCUGGACACCUCUUAUCCCCGCCACAAUGGACGACGAUGCGCAGAAGCAGUUCACAAGCCCCAUGGGACGACCUGCUCAGCCUUCAGAGAUUGCUACCUGUGUAGUCUUCCUGGCGUCAAGCGACAGUUCGUGUGUUAGUGGACAGACCAUUCACUGCAACGGCGGCACUGUUGUCAACGGUUGA